AUGCGCCCUAAACUGUCGGGGCCGGGUUCUGUCUGGAACCGGCCGGGACCCGGGGAUCCGGCGGCAGUAGCCGCAGCUCCUCUAUCCGCCACCAAUCCGGCUCCGGAGCCCUAUGCCGUGCCCGAGCCCGCCUCUGCGCAAGCACCCGCGCCCGGACAGAGAGCAGGAUCCGGUUCCACAGCCGUCUCGGGACCCUCAGCCGGGGCUCGCCGCGCAUCCGUGGCUGGAUCGGAGGCUGGAACCCAGCGGGCAUCCGCAUUCUCGGUCGUCCAGGGGAAUGCCGAGUCCGUACCCGACAACUCGGAUGCGUCGCGGACUCGCUUCGUAUUCCAAGGGCCGCCCUUUGGUCCCCGAGCCACUGGCUUGGGGACUGGAAAGGCGACGAGAAUCUUGAAGGCACCGGCUGCCUGCAUCGGCCAGCGGCCUGGGGUGUCCGGCCCCGAGCGCGCCGCCUUUAUUCGGGAGCUGGAGGAAGUGUUGUGUCCUGACCUACGUCCGCCCGUCAAGAAGAUCACCCAAGAAGAGGUCAAAACGAUGUCAGGUUUGCUGGAGGAGCUUCUCCCACGUGUCUGGGAGACCCCAGCAGCCAGGAACCCUAUUCCCCAAUGGAUGGAGGUCCUUCUGUAGAGAGAGCGGGACCUGAACACGGCAGCCUGCAUCGGCCAGUCCCUGGUGAAACAAAACAGCUUUCUGUUGGAGGAGAACAGCAGCCGAGGAGCGACCCUGGGCUCCUCUUCCCCUGCCAGAUUUUACAGACAGCAGGUGAGCCUGCAGGAUGACCUCCUUCAGCUGUACUCAGACUCUGAUGAGGAGGAGGAUGAAGAUGAAGAGGAAGAGGAGGAAGAUGAAGAGGAAGAGGAGGAAGAAGAAAAGGAGGAGGGGGAUGAAGAAGAGCAGAGGCCUGAGCAUCCCUGUGAAGCCUCAGAGCUGUGAUCAGAGUCGCACCACUGCCCGCAGCUGGAGGCCCUGCAGGAGCAGCUGCGGCUACUGGAGGAGGAGAAUGAGCAGCUUCGAGAGGAGGGGUCUCAACUCAACGACCUUGAGGAGGAGGAACAGAUAUUCAUCCUGGAUUGUGUGGAGCAGUUUUGGCGAGGGAGGGGCCCCCCAUCCCCCCAGAGGCUGUGCCUGGACCAUGCGGUUAUGGAGAUGAGUGAGACAGUGUUUGUCCUCGAGGUGGCAACAGCGGAACAACAGCUGGACCAGCAAAUGGCCGAGCUGUCGGAGGUGCUCGCUCUCAGGAUGGAGCAGUGGGGGGAGGUCGCCCAGCUGCAGGGCCGGGUCAUGAAGCUACAGUGCUGCUCCCGUCGGUGCGUCGGGUAUGGGGCUGAGACUGAGAAGUUGCAGAAGCAGCUGGCUUUGGAGAAAGAAAUCCAGAUGAAGCUCCAGGAUGAGAGCCUGUGGGUGGGUUCCCAGCUGCAGGACCUGCAGGGGAAGUACUCAGAGUGUGGGGACAUGCUGAUGGAAGCCCAGGAGGAGGUGAAGACCCUCCGCCAGCAGGCCCCGGCAUCUGCUGGCUCCGUCACGCACAACACGUACACUGUACCUCUGGAAGCACUUCCUGAUUUCCAGGAGACCGUGGCUGAGGAGCUCAGAAUGUCUAUAAGGAGGAUUAUCUCAGACCCUGUGUUUUUUUAUGGAAAGGUGCGUGUGAAUUAUGAAGUGACUCCAGAGGAGACAUCAGACCUGGGAUAUGAGCUUCGCUACAGAGAGGAGAGAGCACAGGAGCAGGGGCUCGAGGCUGGGGAGGGGCUGACCGGCGAGGAUUUUGUGCCUGUGGAAGAGCUGGUGCCCGAGGAGCAGCUGGGGGCUAUAGAAGAGGCAGUGCCAGCUGAGGAGAGGAUAACAGAAGAGGCAGAACUGGUGUCUGAGGAAGCUGAGGCCUGGGAGGAGCUGGAGUCGGAGGUAGAUGAAGCGACUCAGAUGAACAUGGUGACCUCAGCCCUGGAGGCCAGCAGCUUGGGCCCCUCACACCUGGACAUAAAGUAUGUCCUCCAGCAGCUGGCCGACUGACAGGAUGCCUAUUUCAGGCUGCAGCUGAGGCAGAAGAUGCCCCAGAAAGGUGAGUGUUCCCAUGGGAGCCUCCCUCUGGCCAGCCUGACAAGCUGCAGAUCAUCAAGCUGA